AUGGCAUUUGUUGCUUAUCGUGAUUAUACAAAUGCUGAACGUUUCGAUGUGAUUGAUUUUCAUCAAGCACCAAAUCUUGAUCUAGUUCGAAACAAAAUUGAAAGUGAAAAACCCAUUGCAAAUGAUGAUGUAUGUGAAGAUGUUCAAGGUGGUUUAGAAAAAGCAUUAGGAUUAAGUUGGACACGAACUCCAGAAAAUCAUUCAUCCAUUCGAAAUAAAGAUAAAUCUUCGUGUGCAGCACAAAUGAUCAUUUGGGUUGGUGAUUGCCCUGGACAUACAGCAUUUUGUCAUGAUAAAGGCACUACUUGGGAUAAACAUUUAACUGGUUUGCCUGAUGUUCGACCGAUGAAAGAAAUAAUCAUGGAAAUAAAAGAUCGUGGUAUUUUUCUUUUAUUAUCCAAAUUUACAAAACAUGUUGACUUUAUUUUUAAAAAUAUUGAAAAAAUUUUUAAAGAUGAUAACAAAAACAAUCAAGUGAAGCGUAUUUCAUUGAAUCCUGAAGAUACAACAUCAUUUCUUAAUCAAAUUUCACAACAUAUUAACACAAUCAUUGCAACUGAAUUUAUGUAA